CCAGGUCUUCCUGAUUCCAAGCCCAGCACUCUAACCCCAUGCCACCGGCUGCCUCCAUGUAGGCUUGACUCAUACCCAAAAUAGAAUCUCCACUUUAGCCUUUCUUACAAGUAGCCAUUCAGCCUAGGGAAACAAACAUCUCCCAAGGCAGCCCAUUCUCAUUUUGAUGACUCUAAUUGUGAGGUUUCCCUGAUGUCUAAGUCUUUGUGAUUUCCACCCACUGCUCCUGGUUGUGCUCCACAGGACCAAACAAAACAGAUCUAAUCUCUCUUCCACAUAACAGCAUUCAGAGACAUGGAGCCAGCCCUCAGGUAACCCCUAUUUAACUUCGUCUGACAUGGUCUUGGGUUCUAGGGUUGAGCUGAUGGCAGAAGGAGUGAGAUGGUGUUGGGAGAAGCUGUCCCCAACCUCCCAGAGCCAUUCUUCACAAACAGAAGACACCUGCCUAGUGAUGACGAUGUUCUGGGAAGGAGUUGGACUCCACAGUCAUGCUGUCCGUCCAUUCUUCCACUUUUUCCUUACCCACACACCAUACCCAGACCCUACCUCCAUUCUGGGUUCAUCACAUUAAGUCUUUCCAACAUCUGUCUGCAGCUGCAAAGAUGCUUGAACAUGUUGGCCUUAUUUUCCCUGAAUACCUCACACAGCCCAUUUCCCACCUACCUUAGCAAGCUGAAGCUCUCCCUCCUUGUUAAGAUGGGAGAGCCUGGGCCUGACACAUUCUUCUUAGAUGGGCCUCAAGCCAGCUGUUUCAAUCAGGGUUGGGGAUUCCUGUCCUGCUGGCACAGGAAGAUUGUGAAACAUAGGCUCUUACCAAUACCAAUAAGAGCAUGGGUUUUUUAUGCAUCUUUUUUGGAGUUCCCUUCCUGGCCUGCUGAUUCCUUCAAGUGCCACCUAGUAUCUUCCUCUCCAAACUCCUGGACAUUUGGCCUUUUGCUAGCAGAGGUAGGGAGGGAUCUAUACAACGAAGCAACCUCAGCUGGGCAAGGGGACAGCUUCCUUAGCCUUAGACAGAACAUGAGCCUCCCAUCUGUUGGGAAACCAAGAUCCAGGGAGUGGAGGACCAGGAUGAACCAGACAGGGAACCCUGGCAUCUGGCUUAGCUCUGUAUGUGUGUAUUGCCUGCCUCAUUUGUAGCAUAGGUGGUUAUUUCAGAAAUGGGUGUGGGUUUGAGCCAAGGCCAAGGAAGGUGGGAGGAGCUCUGAGCCAUCUGUGACAUCCCUGGCCCCAGUGUACCUACAUACCUAGGCUUCAUUGUGGUUGAGACUACAUCUUCCCCGGCGCUCCACAGGAUUUGAAAGGCAUGGCUCUGCCCGUGCCUGGUAGCAGUCUGCUCUCUGUUCGGGUCCUGAAGGCCCAUGGCUUCCCAUCCAAAGACAUACUAACCGCCUCUGACAGCUAUGUGAGCCUAUGGCUGCCCACAGCUUCAAGUCAAGAAUUUCGGACACGUACAGUAAGGAAUUGCAGUAACCCUGUUUGGAACCAGACUUUCCGCUUCCGGAUCCAUAACCACCUCAAGAAUAUACUGGAGCUGAAAGUAUUUGACCAGGACCUUUUGACCAAAGAUGACCCCAUAUUCUCUGUGCUCUUUGACGUGGGAACUCUGAAAGUUGGGGAGAGCCAGCGGGAGAGCUUUACCCUUAAUCCUCAGGGCAAGGAAGAGCUGGAGGUGGAGUUUCGGCUACAAAGUCUGCCAGCAUGCCCUGAACAGCUCAUCACCAAUGGUGUCCUUGUGGCCCGAGAGCUUUCCACUUUGGAUGUUCAGCUAGAAAAUAUGGGGAACAUACAAGAUAACUCAGAGUCAAACGGUGGAGUCGAAGCCCUAGUGUUGGGGUCCUAUGAAGGCAGCCAGACUGUCACCCCAGGCACCAGCCCCAUCCACUUCCACUCUCCAACUUGCUGGGAGUCAGAGCUAAGUGUUAAGCUCCAGGGAGCUUCUCAGGAGGUGCUGAAGGUGCCGCUGAAGUCCCUACCUUAUGGUCACAUGGUGAGGGUCUCCUUACCCACAACAGAGGAACCUGCAUUGAUGAUGCAGCUGAAAACCAAGAAAGACCCUGAGAAGCUGGCAGUGCGCCUGGACUUUGGGCUGUGUGAAGAGGAGCAGAUAUUCCUGAGGAAGAGGAAGCAGGUGGUGGCCAAAGCCCUGAAACAAGUCCUGCAAUUAAAGGAUGAGCUGCAGGAGGAUGAGAUUCCAGUGGUGGCCAUCAUGGCCACAGGCGGCGGGAUCCGGGCAAUGACUUCCUUGUACGGGCAGCUCUCAGGCCUGAAGGAGCUGGGGCUUUUGGAUUGUGUCUCCUACAUCACAGGAGCCUCCGGUUCCACAUGGGCCAUGGCCAAUCUAUAUGAGGAUCCAGACUGGUCACAGAAGGACUUGGCAGGGCCUACGGCAGCAGUGAGGGCGCGAGUGACCAAGAGCAAACUGAGCAUACUGGCCCCUUCCCGGCUACAGAAGUAUCGGCAGGAAUUAAAGGAGAGGGCCCAGCAGGGCUAUCCUGCCUGCUUUACUGACCUAUGGUCCCUGCUUAACGAGGCUUUGCUACAUGAUGAGCCCCACGACUACAAGCUGUCAGACCAGCAGGAGGCCCUGGAGCAUGGCCAGAACCCACUGCCCAUCUACUGUGCCCUCAACACCAAGGCGAAGAGCCUGAGUACCUUUGAGUUCGGAGAAUGGGUGGAGUUCUCCCCAUAUGAGGUUGGCUUUCCCAAAUACGGCGCCUUUGUCCCUGCUGAGCUCUUCGGCUCCCAGUUCUUCAUGGGGCGACUGAUGAAGCGAUUGCCUGAGUCCCGGAUCUGCUUCUUGGAAGGCAUCUGGAGCAACCUUUAUGCAGCUAAUCUUCAAGACAGCCUAUACUGGUCCUCAGAGCCUGACCACUUCUGGGAUCGCUGGGCUCAGGAUCAAGUCACCUUGGACAAGGAGAAAACCCCCUCUCUGAAGAUGGAAGAGCCACCCUCCACCACAAGCAAAAUUGCCAAAUUCUUUACAGACCUUUUAACCCGGCGCCCCAUGGCGGAGGCCUCUCACAACUUUCUGCAUGGGCUGCAUUUCCACAGGGACUACUUCAAGCACCCCCAUUUCUCUGCCUGGAAAGGCACCAAGCUGGAUGGGCAUCCUUACCAGCUGACGCCUAUGGAGCCAUACCUCUGCCUGCUGGACGUCGGCUACUUCAUCAAUACCAGCUGCCCUCCUCUGCUACUGCCCACCCGCCAAGUGGACCUUAUCUUGUCAUUAGACUACAACCUCCAGGGGGGCUUUCAGCAGCUGGAAUUGGUGGGCCGGUACUGCCAGCAGCAAGGGAUCCCAUUCCCCCCCAUCACCCUGAGUCCAGAGGAGAAGGAGUUGCCUCGGGAAUGCCACAGAUUCUCUGACCCUGAGUCUCCAGCUGCCCCUGUUGUACUCCAUUUCCCCUUGGUCAAUGACUCCUUUCAGCAUCACUCAGCUCCUGGCGUUCAGCGGAAGCCUGAGGAACUGGCAGCAGGGGAAGUGAACUUGACCUCUUCUGGCUCCCCUUAUCAUUACACGAAGGUGACGUACAGCGAGGAGGAUGUGGACAAACUGCUCAGCCUCACCCGGUAUAACAUCUGCAACAAUCGAGAGCAGCUCCUCCAGGCCCUCGGGGAGGCUGUGCAGCGGAGGAGACAGCAGAAUGGGCAGAGCCAGCAGUGAUGGGGAAGUCAGCCGCUUCGGACCACAGCGACCAGAUGAACUGGACUGCUGGUCUGCCAUCCUGCAACCCCUCCACGCUUCCCUCAACCUGCAGACUUCUUCAUGUACUCCAGAGUUUCAAAGGUGGUUCCUUGGGUGUCCAGGUUCCAUCUAGUUGAGGCCUUCUUGGCUCUUCUAACCCUGUGGCCAAACCUUGGGAGUGUCCUGGAUGUGAGGUCCACUUCAGCUUGCUGCUGAAUCUACUACCACUUUCAGCAAGAAGUUCUGGAGAACCGUGGGGAGGGUGCUGCAGAAAUGAAGACCUGGGGAGCAAGCCUUAUCAAAAAUACCUGUUUGGAAAAGAAAAGACAGCAACCCCAAUGCGGCCGUGCAUCCUGUGCUAUUUUCAUGUGCCCCUCCUUGGAGAGGGCAGGAGGCUUGGGCCCCUGUUUUCUCUCUUGGGGACCAUGGAAUGCCAGAUAAGAUAGCCCAUAGCACUCACUGGUCGUGGUGGGAGGUCAUCUGGGAAGUGUCUCUGUGUAUGUGUGUAUGUAUGUGUAUGCAUGUGUGUGCAUGUGACAGGGUAGGGGAGAAGGACGGAGAGAUAGGAGGAGAGGAAGGAUGAGAGGAAAGCGGUUGGAGCACAGACUGGUUCCUCUAAAUGGGUGGACUAUAUUUGAUAUAAGGAAUCAAAGCCCUAAGACAUGUAUCCUAUUGAUUUUUGUUGGUGCUAAGACAGAGCACAGACCCAUGACUUCUAGUAUCCUGUGAUAAAGACUGUAGUAUAACCAUUUUCUUCCUAGCUACCUAAAAAUGAUCACAUUUUUCUAUACUUACUGAGCUUAUGGUUUACAUUCACUUCAGCCUAGAUCUCAGGGCUGCCCUUUCCCAUUGAGGGGGAGGGGGUGUGGAGGUCAGUGGUAGUGACAGGGGAGUGGGAGUAAGUAUUAGGGAGAGGACUUUAUACCCUGGGAAUUCUGUUCCUGAGAUGUGGGCUAAUCCAAAGCAAGGAGAUAAACAGGAAGUAAUGGCCAAGGUAUAAGGUCUUCGAGUUGGAUGGGAUUGGAAUAAUGGGGGAAAAACACUAUCAGAGGAUCUGCAUUCAAAUCUGGGUCUGCCAUUUGUUACUUAUAUCUUUUGGGGUAAAUCACUUAAGCUUUCUAGGCUCCAUUUUUCUUAUUUACAGAAUUGAAGGGGUUGGACAUCAUGACCUCUAAGGUACCUUCUGGACCUAAAUCUCUGGCUACCUGAUCUCAGGCCAAAUCCUGGCCCUCUGUGUUGUCUUCUUGGGCAAAUUGCUUACCUCUUCAGGCUCCAGUUUCCUCAUCUGUAAAAUGAGGGCUCUGAUGAAAUGAUCUCUAAUGUGUCUUCUAGCUUUUAAAGUUAUGACUCCAUGACUUAAGAGGUCAUCUGGUUCAUGCCCUACUGAAUCAUGAGUCUUCUCUGCAAUUGCCAUCCAUGGAUCAUAGUAUUUAUAACCUAAGGGCCCUUGGGCCCUUCUAGUUUGCAUGAGGAGCCUGGAGCCCAGAGAAGGGAAUAAUUGGAAUUAUCUUGCCCAAAGUCACACAAGGAGAGACACGGGUCACACUCUCGGUAACCCGUUCUUUUUUCAGGCUGCUCCAAUUGUUGGGAAGGUUUCCCCUUGCCUCCUUGAGCCUUCCCCCAUUAGUGCUAGUUUUGCAAUUCUUAGGCCAAACAAGGUAAAUUUGUUCUCUUUCUCACAGACCUUCCAAUAAUCUGAAGCUGAUACAUCCUGCCUCCCCUCCUCUCCUCCCUCCAAGUCUUAUCCUCUCCAUUUCCUCCAUUCUUUCAAUCUAUCUAUCUUUUGGAGGGCCCUUCAGCUCAAGGUUCCUUGAGCUUGGCAGGCUGGUCACCUCCUUUUGGACUCUCUCCAGCUUGACCAUGUCCCUUCUAAAAUGUGGCAGCUGGGACCGCAGGUAGUCAUCCAGAUGUGCAGUGACCAGGCACAGCAGGACAUGCAACACCCUUGCUCUGGACACCGCCGUUUUCUUAACGGGGCCUAAGACUGAAUGAGUGAUUUGUUUUUGAUUUGUCUGCUGAUUCCUAUUGAGUUUGUGAGCCACAAAGACCUGAAUGCUUUGUUUUA